AUGAAUGAGCCACUAGAUGCUUUUGCAAAUGCUUCUGAUUUCCCCAACUAUGCAGCUGCUCUUGGAAAUUGCACUGAUGAAAAGAUCCCACUCAAGACGCACUACCUCCCUGUUAUUUAUAGCAUCAUCUUCCUGGUGGGCUUUCCCGGCAACGCAGUAGCCAUUUCCACGUACAUCUUCAAGAUGCGGCCCUGGAGAAGCAGCACCGUCAUCAUGCUGAAUCUGGCCUGCACGGACCUGCUGUACCUCACCAGCCUGCCUUUCCUGAUUCACUACUACGCCAGCGGAGAAAACUGGAUCUUCGGGGAGUUCAUGUGCAAGUUCAUCCGCUUCGGCUUCCAUUUUAACCUGUACAGCAGCAUCCUCUUUCUCACCUGUUUCAGCGUCUUCCGCUACUUUGUCAUUAUUCACCCGAUGAGCUGCUUUUCCAUCCGUAAAACCCGAUGGGCCGUGGUGGCCUGUGGGGUGGUGUGGAUCGUUUCGCUGGUGGCCGUGACGCCCAUAACCUUUCUGAUCACAUCAACCACCAGGACCAACAGAUCCGCCUGCCUGGACCUCACCAGCUCAGAUGACCUCACGACCAUCAAAUGGUACAAUCUAAUUUUGACCGCGACCACUUUCGGCCUCCCCUUGGUGAUUGUGACACUCUGCUAUACGAUGAUUAUCUGCACCCUAACACAGGGACCUCGGACGCACAGCUGCCUUAAGCAGAAAGCUCGAAGGCUCACCAUUCUGCUGCUUGUCGUGUUUUAUGUGUGCUUCCUGCCUUUCCAUAUCCUGAGGGUCAUUCGGAUUGAAUCUCGCCUGCUUUCGAUCAGCUGCUCCACCGAGAAUCAGAUCCACGAGGCGUACAUCGUUUCUAGGCCGCUGGCCGCCCUAAACACCUUUGGUAACCUGUCGCUGUAUGUGGUCGUCAGCAACAACUUCCAGCAGGCCGUGUGCUCGAUGGUGAGAUGCAAAGCAGGUGGCGACCUAGAGCAAGGAAAGAAAGUCAGCCACUCAAACAACCCUUGA